AUGCUAGAACUGCCACCUGGCCAAUACCAGAAUACUAAGCCGAUUGUGAUCAAGCGGAACGUCAGCCUGGUGGGGUCCAGUGGUGCUCGAACACAGCUGUCAGGCAGCUUCAUCUUUGAGAUAGGGGCCGAGUACGCUGUCUUGCGAAACGUGGACGUUGUGAACAGUCGCCGAUUUGUUGCCGUGCACCUCCGGUGCGCAGGCCGGCCAAGGGUGGAAGGCUGCCGCAUUGAGAGCCGGGGCAUUGGCAUCCUGGCCGAUCCUCCUCUCGACGCUGAAUCCAUCCCUGGUGUUUCGAACUGUCGCAUUGGACCUGCUUGGCAGGGGCUGGUUGUAGCUGGGCGCUGCAAGGGCAUCUUUGAAGGCUGUAUCAUCUCUGACUGCCGAUCUGCUGGCAUACGGCUACGGAACGAUGCGAAGCCAGUGCUCCGGUCCAACGUGAUCAUCGGUUGCGGAGGCCCGGGCCUGCUGACCUGGAAUCGGGCAUCCCCAACAAUGGAGGAGAACACCUUCAUCCACAACUCCAAGAAUUCCGAUGGAGGAGGAACGACGGUGAAUGACCAAUGA